AUGGCCGAUAUCACAUCCCGCCUAGCAGGCCUCAACCCGUUCAAGCAAAACUACGAUGACGAUGACGACAAAGGCGACUUCAUCGCCCCCGAGCCCGGCCACCUCUCGCGCAAGUCGGACCACAACAAGGCCCAGCUGAGAGUCAGCCACGCCCUCCGUUCUUUUCUCGUCGCCAACGAUGUCCUCUCGGAGCGCGACGCCGGCCUCGACUCCCGCGACUCGCCGCCGGCACUUCGGGAGCUGCUCGGCCGCCGCAGCUUCGAGGCGCCGCCGGGGCUGCUCGACCCGCGAUACCCUCUGCCCGAGUACUUUGUCAGCUCCAGCCACAACACGUACCUGCUGGCCAACCAGCUGUACGGCAAGUCGUCCGUGUCGGCGUACGAGACGGCGCUGACGACGGGCUCGCGGUGCGUCGAGAUUGACGCGUGGGACGACUCGGAGAACGAGGACGAGCCCAAGGUGACGCACGGCUACACGCUGGUGUCGCACAUCCCCUUCCGCUCCGUGUGCGAGACGAUCCGCGACGUCUACGACCGCGAGCAGGCCGCCGGCAGCUUCACCGCGGGCCAGGCUGGCGAUCCCGCGUCCCCCAUCCUGCUGUCGCUGGAAAACCACUGCGGCCCACGCGGGCAGCUCCGUCUCGUCCACAUCAUGAAGGAAGUAUUUGGUCACCGCCUCAUAAGCGAGCCGGUUCGACGCAAAGGCACCCGCGAGCAGCAAGGGAGCGGUGAACAUGUGACGCUCGACGAUCUGGGUCCCAAAAUUUCCGUCAUUGUCGAGUUCCAUCUUCCCGAAGAGGCCUCAGACAGCGGCGACUCCAGCGACGACCAGACGGAUGACGAAGGCGAGAGGAUGGCCCGCCGCGCCUACAAGGACAAGAAGCAGGCAGCGUCAUCCUCCUCCACUCUCAUCGUCCCAGAGCUAGCCGAGCUGGGCGUGUACGCUCAGUCGGUGAAACCCAAGGACAACUCGUGGUAUGAUCCUGGGCAGAUGGUCAACGGCCCGCAUCACCACCUCAUCAACGUGUCCGAGUCUGGCUUGUCCUCGCACCUCCCCCAGCACGCCGUCCCCAUCGCCUAUCACAACGCCCGCCACCUCAUGCGUGUCUUUCCCAAGGGCACCCGCAUCUCCUCCUCCAACCUCCAUCCCGUCAAGUUCUGGGGCAUUGGCGCCCAGAUCUGCGCCCUCAACUGGCAGACCUUCAGCACCAGCAACCAGCUCAACGAUGCGCUGUUCAACGGCUCUGCCGGCUACGUCCUCAAGCCCGCGGCUCUACGCGCCGCCGGCGACGGCCGUCUUGGCACGGGCCGGAUGAGGAGGUUGCGCGUCCACGUCGCUGGAGCCACCGACGUGCCUCUCCACGAGGACAGGGAGCGAGACUCGAUCAAGCCGUACCUGACGUGUACGCUCUACAGCCCGCUCGACGCCGACAAGGAGCCCCCCAAGCGAAAGACAUCGCCCUACAAGCACCACAAGCUGGGGUUCCUCCACCGUGGCGAGAACCCGCACGCGACGGACCCGGUCUGGGACGAGACGCUGGAGUGGGAGUAUGAGGACAACGAGCUAGUCUUUUUGCGCAUGCUCAUCAAGAGCGACGACAGCUUUGCGAGGAACCCAAAGUUCGCCGCCGUGGCGGUUAGGCUUUCGUAUGCCUCUCCCGGGUGGACCUUUAUCAGGAUGAUGGACCUCAAGGGCAAGGAGACGGACUGUACGCUGCUCGUCAAGUUUGAGUUUGAGGACUUGUGA